UUAACGACCUUUUCUCGGCCCUACCCACUCCGAACGGACUUCCGUACUCGGCUAAUAUUUUGACGCCCUCCUUGGCCCGAAUAAGUCCAACGUCCAUAUCAAAUCUUGUUCACCCCCCACUCUUAUACUCUCUCACGUUGAAAUAUAAAGAUCAUCAUCAUAUCAACAAUCUAUUGACAACACCAUCUCGCUCCUUAGCACAACAACUUAAGAUGGCAAUCGAUUCACAAACAAUUCUAAUCACCGGAGCAGGAGGCUGGCUCGGCUCAUUGUUGCCAGGUAAAUUGGUAGAAUUGGAACCAGAAACAUCGUUCAAAUUUGUUCUAGCAGAUAUCGUAGAACCAAAAAUACCAUCAAGCUUAAAAGGUACAAAAUCAGAAUGCAUCACAAUCAAAGCGGAUUUAAGUGAUGAUUCCAACAUGCAAGCUUUAUUCACGACAAAGUAUGGUAAACCAGAUGUGAUUUAUUCUAUGCAUGGAAUCAUGAGUUUAGGAAGUGAAGAGAAUUGGGAUUUGGGAAUGCGUGUGAAUGUGGACAGUACAAGAGCAUUACUAGAGAAAGCACGUCAUCAAAAAACAAAGCAAGAUAAACCAAUCACCUUCAUCUUUACCUCAAGUGUAGCAACUUACGGUGGACAAUUACCUGACGAAGUCUUACCUUCAACUUCAUGUACACCUGAAGGCGCAUAUGGAACGGAAAAGCUAAUUUGUGAAUACUAUGUUACGGAAUACACUCGAAAAGGUUUCGUUAAUGGAAUUUCAAUCAAGCUUCCUACAAUCGUUCCUCGUCCGGGCCCACCUUCUCGUGCAACAUCUGCAUUUGUUUCGGGUAUCGUUCGUGAGCCUUUGGCAGGACAAGAAGCAAUUUGUCCUAUCGGAAGUGGUCUUGAAGAUGCAAUUUUGCAGCAAACUGGCGUUUGGGUUGCUAAACCUUCUACGACACUCGCUAACUUUGUCAAAGCCAAGCAAUUGCUCUCAAACACUGAUCUAAGCAAGAACAUCUUGCCAUGGUCAAGAAGUGUUCAAUUACCCGGUUUUACUGUUUCUGUGCAUGAUAUCAUUCAAGCUUUACGUAACGUUAAAGGAGAUGAUGCUGUUGCUUUGAUCAAAUUUGAACAUGAUGAGACAUGCAAGAGAAUUGUUUCAAGUUGGCCACGUGCAUUUGAUAAUUCUUAUGCUCUUUCUCUUGGCUUCAUUGUUGAUCAAGAUGGAUUUGAAGGUGCCAUUAAAGAGUAUAGGGCCAAUCAUAUGUAAAUCGUCGUCAUAAAAUGAGAAUGAUUAGCUGUACGCGUGUUGUAUGUAGAGUGAGUGUAUGCACCUUUCAACUUUU